UCGUCACCGCUUCUGGUCGAACCCUACAACGGCAUUCUGAUGACGGAUGCCAUAAUUGACAGCACCGCCUGUUCCUUCAUCCUGGACAAUCUGGCUCUUCAGAACAUUGCUUCGAAAACGUGCAGUUCUGAUACACCACAAAACGCCGACCUCAACAUUAUUAUUGGCCGACUGCUUGAUCUGAUAACCUCGCCAAUGUGUCAGAAAAGUUCCCUGAACAGAACUGCAGAGGAGCUUCAAGCAAAUCUGGUCCCCUUCCCUCGACUCCACUUCAUCGUCGGGGCACUGGCGCCCCUGUCAGUCCAACCACCUUCAGAACUGUGGGAGAGGACGCUCGAGUGUUUCCGCCCAGCCAAUCAGGUGGUCCGGUGUGCACUAGAGAAAGCAGCUCUACUGUCGUGCUGUCUAGUGCACCGCGGUGACCUUGAGGCCAAUGACGUGGUGGAUGUAGGUGUCAGGGUGCAGGCGUCACAAGACUUACAAUUUGUGGACUGGACGCCCUGUACAUUCAAAACUGGCCUCAGCCUCUUUGCAGCCUUUACAGCGCCCUUUGAUGCCCUGUUUGUCAAGCGUGCCUUCCUGUAUUGGUUUCUUUCUGAGGGACUAGAACCAAAUGUCUUUUUGGAAGCCAGAGAGACCAUGGCAUCGCUCAUUCAGGACUACCAGGAUGCAGCCUCUGAAACUGUAAAUUUUGAAAGUGUUUCUGCGGAGUUCUCUCAUUUAAGUAUGCAGUGA